AUGCCGUCUACUCCGUCAAGGUCAUCUUCUCGUGGAUCAAAAAAGAGCAGGAGCUCAAAAAGUAAAAGAAGGUUAGGUAACCUUGAUAUAUGGGAUGGUUCUGCAAACUUGAAGGAAACCACAGCAGAUGCCCUGUGGAACUCAAAGAGUCAAAGUAGAAGUUUUGAUAGCUUUGAUACAUGGGAUACUGCCGACUUGGGGGAAAUCCCAGAGCAUUCCGACUUUGUAGAGAUUCCAGAAGGCUUACGAAGAGAGAGCCUGACCAGGGACUACUCAGUGAAGACAGAUGGCAACUCCGUCACUCGAUCCGAAAAAGAUCGGCGGCAAGAGGCCAAGCUGAGGGUUGAUGAAGCCUUUAUUCAGUACUCGAUUGUGGAGAAUGCAGCGAGAAGGAUCCAGGAAAACUUUCGGAGGAAUAGACUCGAACGGGAGAAGCUCGAAGGGGAGGCUGAGAAGGUCAUCGACACAACCGAAGACGAGGAUUUCCAGGAAGUGGAGGAGAAAGAAAAUGAGCCAGGGAAAUGGUACACCCUCAUCUUUUUGGUGGCAUUUGCUCUUUACCCUUAUAUCAGCGGUCUUUUGAGCUGCCUCAGGAAGUGUGGUGGGGGAAAUGAUACCAAUCCAGAUGUUGUUCCAGUGGAUGGGAUGAUGAAUGCAGGUGGUUCACCACCGCCUGCCGGUGGAGGAGGGGGCGGUGGCGGCGGUGCACCUCCUCCUGGAUUGGAAGCAAUGGCUGGUCAGGCGGCUGGAGCCGCCAGUGGUUCUGCGGGGGCCGGUGCAUCAGCUGGAGCCGCUGCUGGGGCUGCAGCUGCGUCUGCUGGAGCGGCGGGAGCUGCAGGUGCUGCCGGAGCGGCUGCUGGGGCAGUAUCACAGGUUGUGGCUGUGGUAGCUGUCUCUUCGGCUGUGGCAACGGCGGCAACUACAGCAGGGCUCUUGAGUCCGACUAUACCCGCACCGGUAGUCAUUGCAACAAGAUGCGGACUAAUCAAUCCUCAGACGCGGAUCGGAAAGUUCGCCAUGGUGUUUGAAGGAUUCGAUCGGACUCUUGAGUCAAGAGAAACUGCUCUCUUGGAGGGACUUGUUCUCGAUGCUUACAAUGAUCUUACCAUGGGCGAAAAAUUUGAGGAGACAGGGAGUUGCUUGGAUCCAUUGGCUAGAGAAAUGCUUGGAACUAAGAUCAUCAACCAGACCUAUGCACCGUUGAUUGACGGAUUGGAUGGAUCCCAGUACUUGGAGCUUUUCUUUGAAACAGAGAUUGUGUGUGACAAGUGCCUGGCGUCCCGACCAUUGUUCAAGAACGAGCAAGACCAAGGACUCGUGGAAGAAGAGCAAAGACAAAAGGAACAAGAACAGCAGCAGCAGCAACAACAACAACAACAACAACAAGGAAAUGAGACAAAAGCGAACGGGACCCAGGUAGAAGAACCAACUCAAAACACGACUAGGCUCUUGCGCGGACGGUCGAGACACUUGCAAGAUACAGGGGACCAGUUUCAAGAUGCUCUGGAAGAGCAGCUAGCUUCGUUUGAUGUUAGUGGAGCAGACUUCUUUCAACGCCUGAUUCAAAAGGUCAUUUUUGCAACCGAAGAUCUGAGUGAGGUAGGCGAGUUACCGUCUGGCUUUGUUGGAGUUGCGCAGGCCUACGUCACCCCAACACCAGAAGAGAAUGGUGUAAAUGAGAGCGCGAGUGGAGGAGGUGGCGGCAGUAGUGGAUCCUCGCCAGACGAUGAUAAGUUGUUUACUCGAGUCAAGUUUCAAAAGCAAGGUGAAAAAGGAGCAUUUGAGUUCACUUUUGUGGAUGAAGAAAGUGGAGAAACAGUACAGAGAACAGUGGUGGUUGAUCCGACUGACCCAGAAUCUAUUCCUGUCCCAACAACUUCAUUGCCUACAUUUGCGCCCACAAAGGAGCCCACUCUCAGUCCGAGUACAGUUCCAACAAUCACCUUUUCUGGCCAACCGACAAUUGAACCAUCCAAGAGUCCAUCUACAGUACCAUCCCAAACUCCAAGUGAGGUACCAAGUGAUGUUCCAAGUGUCGAACCGUCAUCUGUGCCGUCAGACGUACCCAGCGUUAGUCCCAGCGAGAGUCCAAGCGAUGUACCAUCCUCAUUGCCUUCCAUGAUACCAAGUUUUGUGCCCAGCGAGACACCAAGUUCCGUUCCUAGUACAUUACCUUCGAUGAUUCCUUCUUUCGUUCCUUCUUUUGUGCCUUCAGAGGUUCCUAGUGUUGUCCCAAGUACAAGUCCAUCGGAUGUUCCCUCUGUGAUUCCGAGUGACGCUCCUUCAACUAAUCCCAGCUCCCAGCCCUCAGACAGUCCCAGUCUCAAUCCAAGUUCCCAACCCACAGAUGUUCCUAGUCUCCGGCCCAGUCUCGGGCCCACAAACAGUCCAAGUUUUGAACCUAGUCUUUCGAUGGUUCCGUCGAUGGUACCAACCCAGUGCGCCUGCUCAGCCGGUUGGAUUUCAUCUGGGAGUUUGGGCUGUUCGACCGCAAUGGUUACGCCUGAACAAGCAGCAACUUUGUCAGUGUCGGGACAGAGAUUCACCUUUACAAUGCCAUCUCUUCCACAAGCAACGGGGACCGUAUAUAUCAAUGCGUCCUAUGAGGGGGAUAUUGACUCUGGGGUUUGUGGUGUCGAGUUUGUGCGAAUCGAAGCUAACGGUUCAUCAUUUUCAAGUAGCUGUCAAUUCGGAGGUGUCAGCUCCACUACCAGAUACAACCACUACACGACAAUGUCAGCAGCUGAGUUCAACAGCAAGCUAUCCGGUGGUAGUAUCGUCAUUGACCUGCAGACUAGCAUUGAUGUCAACCCAGGCAUUGGGAUUGGUUAUGCUUCGGCGCAGUUGGUCUACUGUGCAUAA